UACUUUCUUUUCUCCUCUAGGUUUCUGAUUCAUCAAACCCAUUUCUUAAUCGAAUGCUCAACAGAGAUACUAUCACAAGAAUAACAUAUAAAAAUGAUGCAUAUUUACUACAGGGACUUAACAUAGAGGAACUGUACCCAGAGACCUCUAGCUUCAUCACUUAUGAUGGGUCGAUGACUAUUCCACCCUGCUAUGAGACAGCGAGUUGGAUAAUAAUGAACAAACCUGUCUAUAUAACCAGGAUGCAGAUGCAUUCCUUACGCCUACUCAGCCAGAAUCAGCCAUCGCAGAUCUUUCUGAGCAUGAGUGACAACUUCAGGCCAGUCCAACCACUCAACAACCGCUGCAUCCGCACCAACAUCAACUUCAGUUUACAGGGAAAGGACUGUCCAAACAACCGAGCCCAGAAGCUGCAGUAUAGAGUAAAUGAAUGGCUCCUCAAGUAGGGAACUAAGCCAAGAAGAAUUCCACCUCAGUGAAAAUGCUACAACUGUGAAUUGAUGUAACCUAGAAUUCUUUCUUCUCUCUCCUUCCUUUCCCCAAGCCUCACUCACUCUCUGGACUGGCCCCUUCUUCAUGAAAAGUGUCUGCAAAACCAUGGCAGAGGAAUGCAUCUCUUAUACCCACUCCCAAACAUACAGAUAACCAAACGCACACACACACACACACACACGCAAACACACCUCCAUAUAUACACACUUAUACAACCUCCAUGAUGGAAAGUCAAGUUUCAGUUACAAAAAGCUUAUUCAUAAGAGGUCUUAGAAGGAAAUAACCAGUUAACCUGAUUACAAUUUUGAUACUGUUUUCCUGAACUAAAUAAAUCUACACAAUGACUUUUCAGCCUUUGUACAUACAAAUUCUUCCAAAAGAGAGAGAGAGAGGAGAAAACACAGCUCUGAAAGCUGACUUUGCAUCAAGCAAACUUUGCAUCAAGUCAUCUCCGAGAGUGUCCUAGGAUCCUUGAGGAUGCUGGUGACAGGCCAACCAGGACAAAGUUAACCAAGGACACUUAUUUCUAGAUUAUGAUUCUUCUGUUUACUCAACAAUUUAAAAAGAAAAAAAAAGGACAGACAUCAAAGAGCUACAUGUUGUAUAUAUAUAUCACCGCAGACUAUAAAGAAAUGGAAUUAUUUCCCUCUUUGUCACAUAUCUGUAGUAGGAUUUGCCAAGAUCAGAAUUGAUCCAUUUGCUGUUUCUUGUUUUCCAAAGGUCAUACAUUGUGUUUGGUUAUUGUUAACAGCUCAAUAAAUGUGUUUAACGAGUUAAUUUCAUUUUUCUGGCUUGGGUCUGUUCUCCUUCCUUCAGGCUAAGCCCAUGCAACUAUAUUCUUUGACCUCCUAUGUUCCUCCAUCUCCAUGUUUUGUUCAUUUGCAACCAGUUUGACUGAGUUUGUGGCAAUCAGGAAUGCAUUUGCUAAGCAAGUAUAACUUUAAUUCCACUCCAUGGUUCCAUCAUUCAUACGAGGUGAGCUUCAGCCUGACAUACCAGGCGACAUUCCUUGCGUUUCAAAACUGCCAUCCCUCCCCUGUGAUGCUCCCUGAAGGAAUGCACUUUGCCUUGUAAAUUCCUGGGAAAGGGGUGUCUUUUCUCUCCAGGUGCAGCCAGAUCUCACAAAGUACAAACGAAUGCCUUUCUUUUCUUGUUUAUAAUGGUCACUCACUGUGUUUGGUUACUGUCAAAAAAUCAAUAAAUGUGUUUAACAAGUUACUCAGU